CGGUCAAGCCCGGAGUUAAAGGUAGCGAAAUCGACCAAAUUGUUCGAGAUUAUAUUCAACAAAAAGGCUAUGGAGAAUAUUUUGGUCAUGGUACUGGUCACGGCUUAGGUAUUGAAGUUCACGAAAGACCUUAUGUUUCUUCACAAGACAACACUAUACUACAACCCGGCAUGGUUAUUACCAUUGAACCCGGCAUUUAUAUUCCAGAAUUAGGAGGAGUGAGAAUUGAGGAUGAUAUUUUAGUCACCAAAAAUGGUUAUGAACUAUUUACUAGGUCAUCCCGCGAAUUAAUUUUUGUAUAG